CUAUUUCAAGUUCGACCAAGGGUGUGGUUAAUAGACAUUGGCACAUAUUACACAGUGACCCCAACUUUGGUAAAGCGUUUGAAUCCCCUCUGAGGUUUUGCUAAGAGACCCUCAAAUUUACAGGGUUGUUUAGGAAACUCAUAUUUGCCUAAGAAAAAAGUAUCACAUUUUUUGUCUAUCAUUCCUGAUCGCAAUUUCCCUUGUCACAACUGUGUCCACUGUUAUGCCAUGAUCAGAUAACUCUCUUAUCCAUCCCUUCGGGUGAGAGGAUAAAGGUUUGUGGUAGAAUAACAUGUAAUAAGAAAUAUGUUGUAUAUCUCCUUAAGUGUUCCUGUAACUUUUAUUAUGUGGGUAAGACCAAAUGUGAAGUCAAGACAAUGAUAUGUGAGCAUAAGAGCUCCAUUCGCAACCAUGAUCAAAAAUCACCUGUUGCCAGGCAUUUCAAUAGCCAUAAUCAUGAACUAAGUGCCUUACUUUAUAUGGGUAUUGAAUUGGUGAAGGCGCCAUAUAGGGGAGGAGAUGGGGAUACAUUACUUCUCCAGAGAUAUAUAUUGGAUAGACUGCUUGGGCACUCUUGCCCCAGCAGGCCUUAU